AACAGUAAGCCAAGUGUUACCGUUUCUAUACAAUAAUCGCUCAGCUGAUGUGUGAGCCGAAUGUCAAAAUCCAAUAGAAACAUUCGAUAAAAGCCGAGAAAGCGGAACGUCCAAUUCACAGUGCUCGGAGUUUGCGGUCGGUGAAUACGUAUCACUCGACUAGGUCGUGAAGAUUCUCCCUGUGCUAUUUUCACAUUUGAGGGACUGAAGUUCCAGACACUAAACAUCCAAUGCAUAGUUCACGCAUUGCUGCCCAGUGUCUGUUUCAUCGCCUUUCAUCACUUACAAAUCCAAGGGGAUUCAGUCCAGCUAAUAGCCUAGUCAUUUGUUGGAUCUCAUCCAAAAAAUCAGAGGAAUCGAGUGGGUAUUUUAGUAAAAAGUUCUCGUUCCGCCGAAAUUUGUUAAAAAUUUGUAGCUUCUUGAUUUCAUUCAGAAUCUUUCAAAACACCGGAAAGAAAACAUUGAAAAUGGCAAGUAAAGAAGAACUACGUGCACGCUUAACACCACUCCAAUAUCAAGUUACCCAAGAAGCAGCCACAGAACGUCCAUUCACGGGUUGUUAUAAUAAGCACUAUGAGAAAGGCACAUAUCGUUGUAUCGUCUGCCAUCAAACGCUGUUUAGUUCUGAUACGAAAUAUGAUUCCGGUUGCGGUUGGCCUGCUUUCAACGAUGUUCUAGAUAAGGGAAAAAUCACAUUACAUCGUGAUGCAAGUAUUCCAGGAGGAAAUAUUUUACUGCUAAUUAAACAUCCAGAACGCAUAAGAACUGAAGUGAGAUGUGCGAAAUGUGGAGCUCACAUGGGCCAUGUAUUCGAUGAUGGACCGAUGCCUACACGAAAGCGGUAUUGCAUCAAUUCAGCAGCAAUUGAUUUCGUAACAAAUGACGAAGCGGAGGCCAGUGAAAAAAGUAGUUAGCGCGAAUCAAUAGAACGUCGACUUUUUUCUAAAAGCACACCGGAAGAAUAUUAUAAAUUAUACCAUCUGUUUGGAUUUCAGCAAUAAUUGUAAAUAACUGAGGCUAAAUCUUGAAACUUGAAAAUAAAUUAUUUUUGUAACUACA